AUGGCUUCUCGCCCUCCCUCUCGAGCCCUGUCCACCACCCCCCGAAGCGACGACGCAUCUCCCACAAGGUCCGGUCCCGAGUCGGACGAUAAACCCUACACCAGCGAAGAUGAUCAGGAGGGUUCACGGUCCGAGAUCCAGAGCAUCAUGGAGCAGUUUAGCGAGAACGGCGGCGGCCCUGAUGCCAACGAAGUCAUGAGCCCACGGCUAGAGAUUGCGUCGCCCAUGCUAGGCACCUCCCUGCAGCAUCCGCCCAGAAAAUCCAGCCUCGAACCUCUAUCACCCUCGCUCGCCGGCCAGGCCCAGGGACUCAACGCUCUUCACAUUUCUACGCCUAAUGACGACGAUCACGGGCCGCCCGUGCCUCCCAAGGACGGAUCCAUGGGCACGCCUCCGAGAUCGAAAGAUGCACGGCCUCCUGCCAACGUCACAUCGCCAACGUCACCCACCAUACCCAUGCACAGACCGCCGCCCCCGGAGCCCGAACCCGAACCGGCGCUGCCUUUUGACUUUCACAGAUUCCUGGAACAGCUGCGGAACAAAAAGGCAGACCCUGUUGCAAGGUAUCUCAAGUCGUUUCUCUUUGAGUUUGGGAAGCGCCAGUGGAUGGUCCACGAGCAGGUCAAGAUCAUCAGCGACUUCUUGGCCUUUAUUGCCAACAAGAUGAUGCAGUGCGAGGUGUGGCGCGAUGUUUCCGAUGCAGAGUUUGACAAUGCCAGAGAGGGCAUGGAGAAGCUCGUCAUGAAUCGGCUGUACACACAGACUUUCUCGCCAGCGAUUCCGCCGCCUAAGCCAAUACCUGGGGCAAAGCCGAAGAGAAGAGGAGGCGAUCCGCCGCUGGGGCCUGGCCGGAGAGGGCAGCAUCAGGAGGACGUGGAACGAGACGACAUUGUCACGCAGAAGAUCAACAUUUACGGCUGGGUCAGGGAGGAGCAUCUGGAUAUACCCCCGGUUGGGGACAGCGGCCGCCGCUUUCUAAAGCUGGCGCAGCAAGAAUUGUUAAAGAUCAAGUCGUACAGAGCACCCAGAGACAAGAUCAUUUGCGUCUUAAACUGCUGUAAAGUCAUAUUUGGCCUCUUGAAACACAACAAAUCCGACUCAUCAGCCGACUCGUUCAUGCCGCUGCUCAUUUACGUCGUGCUCCAGUCCAAUCCGGAGCACCUGGUAUCCAAUGUGCAGUACAUUCUGCGGUUCCGAAACCAGGAGAAGCUUGGCGGCGAGGCAGGCUACUACCUCUCUUCUCUCAUGGGGGCUGUUCAGUUUAUUGAAAACAUGGACCGCACGUCUCUCACCAUUACUGAUGAUGAAUUCGAGAAGAAUGUCGAGGCGGCCGUCUCAGCAAUUGCAGAAAAGCACCAAGCUUUGUCUCCCAAGGGACCUCCACCACAGCAGCAGACAUUCAACGAAAAGUCCUCGUAUCCCGACGCCCGUUCUUCACUCGAUGGCGCAGGCCCGUCUACUUCACGUCGAUCAACAGAACAAAGUGACGUCGACGCCCUCACUGCACCCAUCACUGGACUCCUCCGAACCAUUCAGAAUCCCCUCACCACCAUCGGCCGCAUGUUCUCAGACGACGGCGCCUCCUCAUCAGCACGGCCACCCCCGCCACCGCCCAUUGGACGCCCCCUAGGCUUCCCCGAGAAUGUCCCCCUUCGGCGCAGCGGAGAGGAGCAGAGAGACGGAUGGCGCUCAGAUUCGAGAUACGCUCUACCGGCGGAGGAGGCAGCGGCUCGGCAGGCGAGCGCCGAAGUGGCGGAAGCACAGCGGCUGCACCGUGCCGAGCAUGCCAAUAUCGUAGAGACGCUGGCCGGCAUGUUCCCUGACUUGGACAAGGAUAUCAUCAGCGAUGUGGUGUACCAGAAGGAGGGAAGGGUUGGAUUGGCCGUCGAUGCGUGCCUUGCUUUAUCCGCGUAG